GGCUGUCCAGUGAUAUGCUCCAAAGCCACACCCACCCGCCGUUCCUCCCUCUGUGCUCUGCGCUUUGCCUUUUUUCCACAUCCAUACAUCCACGCAGUUCUGCUCCUUUUUUCUCGCCAAGUCGGUUCAGUGGAGGCAUACUGCAAAGCUGUUACUGGCAAGAUGUCAGCUAUGAAGGUUGCUUCAUUCCUAAUCUGUUUACAUCACAUGACAACUAGCUGAGGUGGCCUGGUCCCUUUGCUGAAAAACAGCCCCAAAGCCUGAUGCUUCCACCCCCAUGCUUACAGUAGAUUCAUGUGAGAACUUUGAUCUUGUCUGUAAGAUCAGCCUCCCGUUUAACAGUCAGCAUAAAUACUGAAGCAGUUGCACUUCAAGCAGCACCAAAGUUCCUGCAAACUGACAUUCAUUCCGCGAGAGAGCCCAUCUAACUGCUUUGAUCGAAGAAAGAAAAGACUGAGGGGGAGUCAUGUUUAUCAUCCUAGCCCUCAUCAUCCUCUUUCAUUUCGCCGGAGUCAUCUUACUCUUCAUUUCCACCAUUCACAAUGCAUGGUGGGUGGUGUCUCCACCCGAGCGUGAAGUAAUUUACGCCGACUUGUGGUACUCCUGCAAUUCCACCUGCUACCCUAUAGAGAACAGCCACACUGUGGAAGCAGCUUACCUGCAGGUGGUGCAGGCUACUAUGAUCCUGUCCACUAUUCUGUGCUGCAUCAGUUUCUUCACCUUCAUCCUUCAGCUCUUCAGGAUUAAGCAGGGCGAGAGGUUCAUUUUUACGGCAAUUAUCGAGCUGCUGGCUUCUCUAUGUGUGAUGAUUGCAGCAUCCAUCUACACUGCUCAGAACAAGAGCUUUCAUGUGACCAGUCUUCAGCAAGGCUCCUACGGCUCCUCCUACAUCCUGGCGUGGGUCAGCUUCCCCAUGACUCUAUUUAGUGGCCUCAUGUACCUGGUCCUCAGGAAACGCAAAUGAUGUGAUAAGCAGAAAACAUGGAGGAAAUGUCAACACACAGCUAUGAAGUUUAACUAUUACAUGCAGAACCCCUUUUUAGGUUAUUUUUUGGUAUUUAAAUUUCAGAUUGCAGAUUUAAACUGGACAAAAGUAUGUAAAACAGCGUCAUGUGACAUGUGAAACAUCAAGCUGAGUGUUUCCUGUUAGCAAUCCUUUGUAUUGAAUUUGAUUUGUGGUCUAAAAAUGUGCCUGAUUGUGACACAAAUCCUGAAUUUAUCUAAAAGUCUUUUUUUAUUUUUUCUCGUGUACAAAUCUGCUAUGUGUAAAGCUAUAUGUAAAUGUAUUCAGGUCAGUUUAGACAUUGUUAGUGGAAAAAUAUAAAGUUUUUACAAAAAAAGUUUUUUGAACUCACAGGAGUUAUAUUGAAGUAGUAGUUCUUGUAUCUUGGUAAAUUUUGACUUUCUUUUAUUAAUGACUGUUAAGGGUUAAAAGGUGUGCUGUGAUAUUUGGGAUUUAAAAAAAACAAACAUGACAACUUGAAAAAGGAAUGGAGAUGUUAUUAGUUAGACUUUUUUGUUUUGUCCAUAAAAGAGAGAAAAUAUAGUUAUUUGAAACCAUUGUUUAUUUUAUUUUUUUUGUUUAAAUUUUUUUAUAAAAAUUCAAUUGGAUGGUGUUGCUGUUUUUAUCACUCUGGCUGACAAACUAUAAGCCUUUUCCUGGGACAUUUUUCAAUGAAUUCCUUCAUUUAUAAUAGUAUAAAUCUUGGACCAUUCUAACUGUUAAGUGCAAAAAUGAUCCUUUUAUUUGGUAUUUCCUCGUUUUCGUCAUUUGAGAGGUUCAUGCGAAAUUUAUCAUUUAAGAAAUGAAUAAGUUCUCAAAAUUAUAAUUAAAUAUCCUAUUGAAACAUCCAUUCACUUAAUUUCAGUGUUAAACUACAUUCAGUUAGAUUUUAUUUUGUAGGUAAUUUUUUUAAAAGUUUUAAUUACUCCAACAGCAUUUUUUUGGAGGGAGAUUAUUCAGUAUGAUUGAUACUGACCACAUUUACAACAUAAGAAAUACAAACAUGUUUGCAAAUCUUUACAUUUUUAGAUUAUUGCUGUAAAACCUCAGAAUAAAGUUAACCAAAUAUAAUUAUAUUGAUGUCAUGUGUUCAUCUUCAUUUUUGACUAGAAUAAAGUAAUUUUUAACUGUUUCUUUCUUACUGCAUACAUUUUGGCUUGGUUUUAUUUUUUUUAUUAUUGUAAAACAAUUAAAUAAAACAUGCUAUUUAUUAUU